CAAUCUGUUUUGGAACUCGUUGUAAUGAGCGUGCUAAUAGUGUUUGCAUAUGCUUUUUGCAGGAAAUUGCUGCGGGAACACCCAGUGUCUUCUUCGAUGGUUGCACGUGAGUUUCAAGAGGAGUGGAUGACAACGACGACGACGACGACGUUAACAGCUAUUGACCGAUUUUUGGAUUAGACUCGAUCGGUGCUUCGGACAGUGUUUGUGGUCAAAAACAACAACAACAAAAAUAAUAGCAACGAAAUCACAUCGUUUUACUUAGUAGAAAAUCAAGGUUGUAAACCUAAUGAGUUCGUAAUUGCCGUGUAUUUUAUCUCCGUCUCUUUUCAUUACAUUCCAUUUCGUGUAUUAUUUACGUGUAUAUAUAUAUAAUAUAUAUAUAUAUAUAAGUAUUUUAUCAGCUCCUAUCAACGCGUACACGAUGAUAUGAUAAGGACAAUGAUUUACAUCUUAUCUGUACGUAUGUAAUUGUCAGCCGAUUCUCGGUCUCAACAAAAUAUACGCGAACAACGUCUGUGCAGAUUUUUUUUCAAUAGAGGAAUCCGGGAUCUGCGAAAAUGUGCUGCAAAUGCUGCCAAAACUAUUUGGAGACGAUCUACUGGCAUUGCUUCGAGAAGCACUUCUGCUACGACAAGAGCAUCGCCGAGUAUGACGUCGAGGAGAACGCAAGUCCGGAGAAGGAGCCUGCCAAGCAGAGGACGCAAGAGGAGAAGAACAACCAGAUGUUUGAUAACAUGGCUUACUACGAUAACGUGGCCAUAAUAGCGAACAGAGCCAUCUUCUGCAUCGAACCACCGAAAGCACAAGAGGAGAUUCCAGUUGUUACGCAGCAACCGGCGAAGCGACAGAAGUGGUGGCAAAACUCUCCGACUUCGACGCCAUCACCGGAGAGACCCAACAAACCGAUCUUCAUAAUCCACGAAUGCGACACCUCCAGCUCUUCUGCGAACUCCACAGACUCCUUGGCUACAAUUCGAGAGGAGAACUUGAAUACGGCAUCAUUGAACAUUGAUAACACGCUCUGCGUUCCCGUUAAGAUGCGAAAGAAGUCUUUGCACGAACGCAGAGUCUCCAAAUCUCUGACGCUGAACAUCGACAAGAUCGAUAUGCCAAUUAUACGGCAGAGCAGUUUCCCGAAAUUCUAUCUGGAUACGCCGGAACUGAACCAGGUUCAUGAUUCCUCUAUCAUUCGAUCACCGAUUCAAGCGCUCGAAACGCCGAUCCAGCCUAACUCCGAGUUCAAGUUCGAUCUUAGGUCGGUCGUCCAGCUGGAGAAGGAACGCUCCAUGACGCAGUUGGCACACACGAGUUCGCAGAAAGAUAAUCGUUUCAUCCACAUCAAAGAUAAACUUAAACCUCUGAAGAUCCUCAGGAACGCGUCCAGCGCUAGCCUCCAAUCCUACAUGUACAGGAGGAACAGCCAUCAGUAAUUCAAGGCAACCGAAGAGGCAGAGUACUUAACCUUAAUCUGUGAUUUAUCCUAUACACUAUUACAUAUUAUUAUUGUAAAAAAAAAAAAUAAUCUUAAUUUGAUCUAUUUUGCUAUGACACGAAAAAGUCAGAAGAACAUCUACAUUUGAAGAUCAAAGCGCAAUUAACUUGCGUAAGAAUGAGCAACAGCAGAAUGAGGAUUUACGAAAAUAUUUAAGCUGAUUAAAUCUAAUCCAGUUUUACAGUUAACUUGUGAUUUGACAAAUACUAAUGUGCUUAAUUUUAGAAGCGAUUUUAUUUACACUCUUACACUAUUACUAUAUUAGUUUUUCGUCGCCAUGGUAACGGAAUAUAGCAUACGGAAAAUUGGUAGAACUGAAUUUCUGAUGCACUCCGAUUACUACUAAUUUUUUUUGUAGUUUCUAAGUAUUAAUUAACAUUAUUUUUUCUUUAUU